AUGACGCUAGUCUUUCGAGGGGAACCAGCUGCCAGACCCAACGGCCACGGGCUGCAGGUGCCAGUCCAGCAUGUCUAUUAUCUCAAAACCCACAAGACAGGCAGCACGACGAUGUACUCAAUCUUAGCAGAAUUCUGCAGGUCGCACCAGCUCCUGGCCCUGCUGCCUUCGGGUACUCACAUCAACCUGAGGCCUCCAUUCCACCCCAGCCAGGUGGUGCUCCACGACAACAUCAGCAAAUACGACAUGGUCUUCAACCACCACGUCUACGAUGAGAAAAUCUUCAAAUACUUGCACAACGACACAUUUAAAUUCACUACUUUAAGAGAACCUUUCCGCCAUUUUAUCUCCUCAUUUACCUAUUUUCGGGAAGUCGACCAGUUCCCAUAUUUGAAACGUAUAAAUACGUCCGACCCUCUGGCGUCCUUUUUGGCAGACCCUCAGAAAUACGAAACUAAAAGGUACGCCAGCUUUACCAAUAACCGCCAGUCGAUGGACUUGGGUUUUAAUUUAAGCCAUCCAUUUCAUGACCUGACCUACAUUAGGUCUUUCAUAAGCCAGACAGAAAAACGCUUUCACUUGGUGCUAAUCACGGAUUACUUCCACGAAUCGCUGAUUUUGCUCAAAAGAACCUUGCACUGGACAACCGCAGACAUCUUAUAUUACAAAAAGCUAGCAUCUGGUCAAAAACUGUCUGUCAGUAAUGAAACAUUACAGCUGUAUCGACAACAGCAUAAACAGAUUUCAACAGCUGAUAGUCAGCUGUAUCACCAUUUUUUACUGGUGUUCAAGGAGAAAAUUUCUGCAGAAAGAGGUCUUUUCGGCGAGGUCAAAGAAUUUGAAACUCUGCUGAAGAAAGUGCAUUCAUUUUGCGAUAAGACCCAGCUGAAGGACAAACAACUUGUCAUCCCGCCGGGAAAAUGGACAGACGAGAUCAACAUUCUGCAUUCCAAGUGUAAAUGGUUACGCUUAGGAGAAGUUUCAUUUACUAAAUAUUUACAAACUGUUAGAAAUGUUAUGUUCGGAACACCACAGAAAACAGACAGUGUCCAGAUGUCGAAAAAUACAACGCAGAUACCUGUUCCUUCGACAACGUGA